AUAUGUUUUUGGUUAAUAUUUCAGAAGUUGUUCUAUUUUUGGCCUUUGUGUGCCUAUUGAUGUUCGUCGAGAAAAUUCCUGUCCAUCUGAUUUCCAUUGCCACAUGCUUUGCCAUGUAUGUCAUCAAACAACAACUUACUGCAGAAUUCAAUGCAUAUGUAGAAAGAUUAACUGUAGAUCUUACAACAUGGAAUGCCACAUUUGUUGUCAAGGGACAAAGAAUUCUGACAAUGUUGAACCAAAUAACUAAGAUAGGUUCUGUGAUACCAUUAAUAUCUGAACAAUUUGCUGGCCUAUCUGUAUCUAUGUCCAAUUUUUCUCAAAGAUUUUCUGGUUUUUCUCUAGGUUCUUCUAGUGGCUCAAGUCAAUUAUCUUUUUCUGAUAUUACCUCAACAACCAGAAACCACUUUAAAAUUCUUUUUGAUAAGAUUAUGACAAACAAUAAUUAUUCUUUAGACAAUAUGUAUAAUAUGGUGUCUGUUGAGAUUCAUAGUCUUGAGAUGGGAAAGAUUAGUAAGAAAACUAUAAAAAAUUUUUAUUAUAAUAAUGGUGAUUUUAGAG